AUGGCUCCUCCGGCGGCAUCCAAAGCGAUGCCAAAUUAUACACCCAGCGCGCAGACUGCUCUUUUGAAGUCGGCAAAUCGCGUGUUCGACUUGGACCACGCCGCUGAAUCCCUCGACGAAUUGACAAAUGGCAUAGCGCUUGCCCACAUCCUUCACGAAUUGGACUCCGAAUUCGAUCCAUCGCAUCUUGAGUCAAUUCAUGGGACGUCGAAGUAUUUGACAAACAAGCGAAACAUCCAGGCAGUUUACAAGGGCCUCUUCAGAUUCAUCCGCCGACAAGUUCCUGAGCUCAGCUGCCAAGCAAAGAAAUUUGACUAUCAUGCUGUGGCAGAAAAUCCCGACUCCCAGGGUAUCAGCCAGUUACUUGCGGUCAUGGUCUCUGCUGCUGCCUUGGGCCCCGACAACGGCAAGUAUGUCCCAAGAAUACAACACGGCCUCGACCGUGAGAAUCAGGCCGAAAUUAUGCAGAUCAUACGCGCUAUGCAGCAAGAUGUUGCCAAUUACAAGGACGAUGAUGACUUGGACGAAGCUAUUGAUGCUGUUAUGGAGGCAAGAGAUAUUGAUCUUCUGGUGGAAGAACAAAACGCCGCCCUUCGUCAACAGCUUGAAAGCACCAAGAAAAAUCUUUCGGAUUACAUUACCCGCUUGGAAUAUCUCCAGCAAAGUCAUGAAGAGCUGAAAUACGAAAAAGAAAAGAACGAUCGUGAGCUUGAGGUCUUGCGGAAAGCUACACAAGACGGUGCCAAUAGUGCAGAAGCUAUCAAACUGCUUGAGGCACAGGUGCAUGAACAAAUGGAAAUUAUAACAAGGAAUGAAGAAACCAUUCGCAACCACGAUCGCGUUAAAUCACAUCUAGAAGGCGAGGUCCAGAGGUUAAAUCAAAAGAGCAUCCAAGCGGAUGAACUCAGGGACCAGGUUGCAGAGUGGAGACACAAGGCUGAGGAGUUUGAAAAGAAAGCCAAUACAGCCGAGAGGUAUAAACAGAAACUGGAAUCUCAGCAGCACCUUGCCAAAGAGGUGCAGAAUUUGCAAUACGAGAAGGCAGAGCUCCAAGAGCAACUGCGUUCCCUUGUGAAUGACAGGGAAAGGAACGAUAGAACCCGAAAGGCCGAAGAUGAACUCACUAAAAUGAUUACACAGUCUGAGCAACACUUAUGGGAUGAGCGUAAUCAAAAAAACCAGUUGAUCAAGGAUGUUGCUACUCUAGAGGAAGAGUUGGCUAGACUGAAAGCUCAGAGAACACACGAUGAAAGGUUCAUCCAGGACUUGCAGGAACAGUUGCAACAAGGGCCAGACGGCGCCACGCAAGCUAGCAACAUGGGGACGACAACUGGUGCAUUCAAUCUGGAGGAUGAGCUAAACAACGCAGCCGAUGAAGACAGACAGACGAACCUUCCCCUACAACUAUCACGGUUCAAGGCCGAAAAUGAGCUCCUAAGACGAACCCUCGGGUCAACAGGUGACGCUGCCCUCCUCAGACGUGAGCUUGAAGAGCAACGCAGGCAGCGGGAUCGUCUGCAACAGAAUUAUAAUGAUAUCUUCGAAAAGCACACAAUAAACCAAGAACAAAUUACAGCAUUGACGAAUGACUCCACUGAUGAGGGGUCCCAAGCUUUUAUUGCCUUGCGCACUCAGCUUAUUGGGUCGCAGAGUGAACUUGAUGCGACGAGGAAACGGGCCGCUGAAUUGCAAACUCAGAUUUCAGAUACCGAUCGAGAGCUUCUUGCUGCUAAAGCAAGAGUCUCCGCCGCAGAGAAAGGCGGAGUUGAGGCAAUUGAUGAGCUGAAGAGCACCGACAAACUAAUAUCCGAAUCUCUCAAAGCAGAACUAGACAGGCUAAGAGAAGAUUAUAAUUUUGCCGUCAGUGAACGAGACGCUCAAAAGUCCCAGCUGAUUGAAGCACUCCUUGCCAAAGACAAGCUCAGAAAGGAAGUCGAGGAUACAAAAGAGUUGCAGGAGAGCUCAACAGCUGGGCCACCGGAUACAGAUGUGUCGGACGCGAUGAAGAAGUCCACUGAAAAGAUAGAAAAACUGCGUACACGCCUCAAGGAACGCAAACUGCAACUCGAGCAGUCAGAGCAAGAGAAGCUCGAUCUGCAAAAUCGCCUUAAAUCUGCACCAGGUGGUGAGAGUUCCGCCGCCCAAAGGGUUGCUGCCGAUCAACUUAUCAAGAACCUUCAGAGGGAAAAUGCCCUCAUUGCGACAGCAUGGUAUGAUCUCACAAGUAGAUUACAGAGCAAUCACGUCGUGCUUCAGCGUCGGCCUGAUGCCCCACGUAGCUGGCUGAACAAGCAGAGGCAGAUGGUCAAUGGUCAGUUGCGCCAACGCGACUUGCUCUACCUCUACUGA